UAAGAGAAUACCAGGACAAAGAGAGUAAAUAUGCGCGAGAUCCUCAAUAAAUAUGAUCAUUUUUGUGGCGAAAUGGGGGUACGGGCAGAAAUACUACAAACUGAAACGGAAACUAUUGAAGAGGGGAUUGUAAAACUCAUCCCUCAGUAUGGAGUUAGGAGGCUUGUCAUGGGAGCAGCUGCAAAAAAGCACUACAACAGAAAGACGAUGGACCUCAAGUCUAGAAAGGCAAGAUAUGUGUGCGAACGAGCACCUGUGUACUGUUUCAUACAGUUUUUCUGCAAAGGCCAUCUCAUCCAUACCAGGAAACCACGUACAGACAUAGAAAAUGGAGAAUCAAGCCUCAUGAUGUUAAGAUCACAAUCAAUUCCUUCUGGGAAUUACAAUAUGAAUAAGGUUCAAACUGGAAGCUCAAACUUGUUCAGAUCACCAUCUGUUGCACAAGAUCGUAUGAGGGAGGAUAGAAAUAUUGUAAAUAGUGUCUUCAAUGGUACUUUCCAAGGAGGCACCGAAGAGCUUUCGUCCCCAAAGAGCAGGUCGGAGGUGGAACGCAACAGUACUUCUGAUUAUGAAUCGGAUGUAUCUUUUUUAAGGAGUCGGCAUUCAAGUUCAACUAGCUCAACAUACUCUCUAAGAAGAGUGCUUGAUUCAACUCGCGACCAAUUAAUACUGAAACCAAGUAGUCCAACAUUGGGGGGGUUUGAGUUCAUGAAUACUGCAUUCUCACCAAGCAGCUCUUCUUUUAUGGACGUUGCACCUUCUAACGUUGUGGAAAAUAGUUUAGAUAAUCCACAUUAUGAAAAACUUCAACAAGUGAUGGCAGACGCGGAAAAAUUGGCACUCUUGCAGCAAAAAGUAGCAAGAGAGCUUGGUGAGGCUAUUAGCAAGGCCCAGGAAGAGUUGAUACUCAGAACAGAAAUUGAGAAAAGGAAAGCAAAAGAGCGAGAAAUUGAAACAAUGAAAUAUCAGAUAGACCAACUCAUGGAUAAGUUCCAAAUUUUCCAAGAACGUGAAACAUCAUUAAAGAAUCAAAUUGUAGAAUUGCAGGUGGAACGGGAUAGCGCAGUGAAAGAAGCUGAAGAGCUAAGAAAUAAACUAAGACAUAAACAAGGAGAAUGCUCAAGUUGGAAUAAUGCUCAGUUCACUGAGUUCUCACUCUCAGAGAUUAAGAAAGCAACUCAAAACUUUCAUGAAUCCCUGAAAAUUGGAGGAGGAGGAUAUGGAAACAUAUACAAAGGCAAUCUACACCAAAUCGAGGUUGCUAUAAAGAGGCCUCAGAACUUACAUUCUAAUUACUGGCAAGGACCCUCACAGUUUCAAAUGGAGGUAUGUAAUUCUUUUAAAAGUAUUUGAAUAAUUUAACUUGUUUUUGUAGUUUUAUGGGUACAUAGAUAAAAUGCCAAUGGUAGGGAAAGAUUGGUUGGUUUUCUAGAUUAGCGCAUUAGAAAGUUUGAGUAAGUUAUUAGAAAACAAUAGUGGUGAUCUAUCGCUUGAAAAAAAAAAGACACCAAUAUUUACAAACCUGUAUGCAUGAGACUACGUAAUCAUUCACCUGUAUCGAUUGAUCGAUGAGUUUUAGCAUUGUACCUGGAAUGCAUGAAUGUAACUUUUUUCUACGUACUUUAAACACGGUGCAAUUUUCUUUGGAUGUUUUCUUUGCAAUGCACAAUUGUUUGCAAAUUGCAGCCUUUUGAAUUGACACAAUUUAAAAACAAAUCAAUUGAAAAACAUAAAUCAAUGGAAGAAUAUAAUAAAUUAGAGGAAUCAAAGUUUUGCAUUCUAUUGAUCUUAUGACUUCUUUGUGUAUGAUUAAGUUCGUGUAUUGAGUCGGCUAAGGCAUCCGAAUCUUGUGAGACUUAUUGGAUCUUGCCCAGAAGAAUUUGCACUCAUAUAUGAGUAUCUGCCCAAUGGAAG